AUGGUGGAUCCAAGCAACGCUCCUCAAAAGGGAGCUCGUAAGGACGGUGGUCGUCAAGCGAAACAGGAGCGCGAAAAGUCCAAGAAGGCAAAUGGCGCGCCACUCACCGCGUCAGGCGUCGUAGCAAACCAGGCUCUUGGGGCUCAGAAGACAAUCCAGGAGAGCCAAUUGAUGACAGGAAGUGUACUUUCCGCUCCGAAAGAAGGUUCUGAGGCUGCUGUAAAGCCGAAGAAAAACAAGCCACGUCCGAGCAAAUCUGCGCGUGCAAGAAUACAAGCAGCAAAAGCUUCGCUAACGACAGAACCGCCUCUUUCAUCUACAGGAAUAGUGAAACUAGCCCGUGAUGUCAAAGAGCCCCGACUAACCACAGUACCUGCGUCGGCAUCGUCUUCUCGAGUACCAUCGCCCAAGAAUACGCAUUCUAGUGCGACACCUCCAACCCCAACCCCAACAAAAGUUGUUGAAUCUACACCAGAUCCAACUCAUAAGUCAUUCUCGAGAAGGGGGCCCUCAAAAACAAAACCAUCAGCAUGGAAGACAGCAUGGAUGCUCAAGGAGACCACUGGGAGGCAUAUCCUCACCAUCGACACUACGUCAUUGCAACCCGACAAUAACCCCGUCCACUCUACAGAGGGCUUCGAAACUCUUUGCAGCUACAAUUGGCAGAAUGACGGUACCAUCUACAUCCCCGGCGGGCCUCCAAAAUGGACACCUCUUCCAUUACCAACUACCCUAGCACAGGACGCUGGACACCACUUCAUCGACCAAAACGCCGCCCGCGUCCCCAAAUACCCCUUCGAGCCCGCUUUCCGCGCCCUCUCCCUCAUGAAUCCCGGGACAAACCUAACCGCCGUCGACAUCGUUGCCAACCGCAACUCUCUCCGCAAACUCCUUGAUCUAUCCGCUGGCAAAAAACUCGAUCCCUUCUGCAUGGGCCUCAACCUUGUCAACAGCACCCUCGUGAUAAGCCGUAAAGAGCGUACUGCCCAGCACAUGGUGCACGGCGCCCCAAACUCCGGUUACGGGCAUAACUUUGAAAAAGCAUUUACCACGCCCGACAAGGAUCUAGGAAACUCAAGUAGCCAUCAUAGAGUGAUUCGGUAUCGAAUUGGGCCGUUGGACUGCGUUGUUAGGUUUGAAGUCGAUGCUUACUACGACGACUCGGAGCACGAUACAACUGAUGCGCUCACAGCUGCGAUGGAGAAACUAGAAGUAGCAGAGUACGCUUCGUCCUCGACCCCCAUGCAACCACCAGAUGCACCCACGAUCGCUAUCGAAAAAGGCACUUUCAUCUCUCCCUCCCUCCUCGCAGAAAUCAAAGCUAAGAAACUAAAUCGUAUGGCCGAUGCCAUGCCGCAGCUAUGGUUCGGUCGCACGCCGUAUUUUAUCAAUGGGAAUCAUGAGAAGGGGACGGUGCACUCGGUUAGUAUUACGCGGGCGGAAGAGCAGUUUGGGAAGUGGGAAGCGGCGAAUCAGGAGAAGCUGAGGAAGAUGGUGGGGUUGCUGGUGGGUAUUAAACGGACAGUGAGGGGGAUCAGAGGCGGGGCGGCGGUGCUGGUGUAUGAUGUCAAAGGAGGCCCGUUGAAGGUUUAUCGGGCGAGGAGUGAGCAGGGGGUUUUGCCGAAGGAUAUCGUUGAGAAGUAUUGGGGUGUGUGA